AUGGCAGCCAACCUUUCUGAGCCUUCCUCCUCCCUCAGCUUCACCUCCUCGUACAUCUCCAAUGGCGCCAGCGCCCAUCCGACGAGCCCCUUCGCCAGCGCCGAGCCGAGGAGCAGCCUGGAGAUCGUCAGCCUGAGCAAGCUCAGCAGCAACCUCGAACGCCUACUCGUCAGCAAAGAGUUCGACUGCAGCGAUGCGGAGAUCGUCGUGGAGGGGGAGGCCGUCCCCGUCCACCGAUGCAUCCUCUCCGCCAGGAGUAGAUUCUUCUUCGACCUCUUCUCCAAGGGCGGCGCCGCCGCCGCAGACGGCGGCGCUGCGGCGGCAGAAGGGAAGCCUCGGUACCACAUGAGCGAUCUGGUUCCUCAGGGCAACGUCGGAGUCGAAGCCUUCAAGAUCUUCCUGGGAUAUCUGUACACGGGGAAGCUGAAGCCAUCUCCCCCGGAGGUCUCGACCUGCGCCCAUGGAGAGUGUGCUCACGACGCCUGCGGCCCCGCCAUUAAUUUCGCUGUGGAGCUGAUGUAUGCAUCUUCCGUGUUCCAGAUCCCAGAGCUCAUCUCCCUCCUCCAGGUUCGCUCGCUAACCCUAAUCGCAAUUCAGACCCAUUUCUCUGGUUUUCCACUCUCUUCUCGCCAGAUUUGGUACUCAUCUCUUCUUUCAUUUUCCUGGAGAAAUUCAAGGUUCUAGUUCUACCUUCUUAAACUUGAUGGAUUGCGGCAGAUUUAUGAUUAUAAGCCUCAUUACCCUUGAUUUUUUUUUGUGAAAUCUAUAAAAUAGCUAAGCUUUGGGUGCAAAGGGGAUCUUCUACCCAUUUGGGGAAAAAAUUAUCCAUGAAUCAAAUCAUGCCUGCAAGUGUUCAUUCACUGGUUUAUGCAUGCUGAUAUCGCUUAACCCUGCUCAUGUUAAUUAUCACAUCCAUGGGCAUUGUUCAUAUCAAUCAUCGUAGUGCGGAUGAUAGAGAUAUAUCUAUUCCUGUUCAUAUUUCCAAGAAUAUAAAUAAUGAUAAUCCCAUGGGUAGAGAUUAUUUAUGAUAAUUAUCACACAAAGGCCUCUUUUUGACUGCUUAGAUCCGUCCUCCCCCUCAUAUGUUAUCUUUUGAUCUAAAUCUGCAAUGGCCGCUCCCUCUCUUCAGCGCCGCCUCACAAACUUCAUUGAGAAGGCGCUGGUAGAGGACGUCAUCCCGAUCCUCCUGGUCGCCUACCACUGCGGGCUGAGCCUGCUGCAGAAGCACUGCAUACAGCGGGUGUCCCGCUCCGACCUCGAGAGCACCGCCCUCGUAAAGGAGCUCCCCGCCGAGGCUGUGGAGGAGAUCAGGCUCCUCCGCGACCCUCCGCCGCCCGACAAUGGACCGUGCCGCCCGACACCUGGUGGCACCACCACUUCCCGGGAGAAGACGAUCCAGAGGAUCUAUCGGGCGCUGGACUCGGACGACGUAGAACUGCUGCUGAUGCUCCUGCAGGAAUCGGGCUCCACGCUGGACGACGCCAACGCGCUCCACUAUGCUGUUGCUUAUUGUGACUCCAAGGUGAUCAAGGAGAUCCUGCCGCUGGAGGGGGUCGAUGUGAAUUUGAAGAACAGCAGGGGGUACACGCCGCUGCACUUGGCGGCGAGGCGGCGGGAUCCGGCGAUCAUCGUGUCCUUGCUUGAGAAGGGUGCGUCGGCACUGAUCGUGGCAGAUGACGGGCAGACGGCGGUGACCAUCUGCCGGCGGCUGACACGGGCCAAGGACUACAAUUCAAAGACGGGGCACGGGCAGGAGACAAACAAGGACCGCCUGUGCAUCGAGGUUUUGGAGCGGGAGCUCAAGAGGAACCCCAUGGCCAGGGGGGAGGAGCUCGUGAUGUCGCCAAUCGUGCCCGAUGAUCUCCACAUGAAACUACUGUACCUGGAGAACAGAGGUUCAUUUCUUUUUCUUUUUCUUUUUCUUUUCCUCUUAUAGGAAAUUUUUACUAAUUCUGCUCUGAUGCUACGAUCGUCCAUCUUCUUCAGUCGCAUUUGCAAGGCUGUUCUUCCCGAUGGAGGCGAAGGUGGCCAUGGAGAUUGCCCAGGCGGAGCGAACCUUUGAAUUCGCGGGCCUCUCUGCAUCGAGAGGAUCAUCGAACAACCUAAAUAACGUCGAUCUCAACGAGACCCCCAUAAUGCUGAAGGAGAGGCUGCAGACCCGGAUGGAGGCUCUGCGUAGAACAGGUCCCUUCCAUCGUCAUCAUCAUCAUCAUCAUCAUCAUCAUCAUCAUCAUCAUCAUCAUAAAGUUUCUCCUUUUUUUUUUAGCAUUAUUAUCAUUGUUCUUAAUGCUUGAUUUUCUUGGGCAGUGGAGCUGGGGAAGCGCUAUUUUCCGAAUUGCUCACAGGUUGUGGACAAGUUCAUGGACGACGACAUCCAGGACUUGCUUGCCCUGGAGAAGGGCCCCCCGGACGACAAGAACCUGAAGAGGAUGAGGUUCAUGGAGCUAAAGGAAGACGUCCGCAAGGCAUUCACCAAGGACAAGGCCGAGAGCAGCCGAUCAGGUAUCUCUUCUUCUUCAUCCUCUUCCUCCUCGCAGAGGGCAGAGAGGAAAUCCAGCAGGGGAGUCAGGAGUUGA